AUUUCCACUGGAGUCUUGCCGUUGUACAGCAAUCAUUUCCCUGAUUCUCAAUGUCUUAUAUCGCGGCAUCAUAAAUGUUUUUGGAUAUUGGGAUUCUUCGGGGUUUCAAGAGAUGUACUGAUAGAUAUUCAUCCUCCUGCCGAUGUAUCGGGGAAACGAGCCCCUUGGGCCAUACAAUAUAAUAGGCAUUUCGAUAGAUGAGGCUCCGAGAUCAAGGUAGAAAAACUCCAAUACUUUACUCGGUAUCACGACUACUAAUAAUACACAAUGAUGAUGAAUAUGCCAUGCGUGGGAUUGCAAUUUUCGAUUGGUGAUGAAUUGAUUUCACCCAUUCCUGGCGAAUUGACAUCUCUCGUGCUUCUUCUUCUUCUUCUUCACCACAAGCAAGUGUCUGUAGGUCGCACAAACUUUGAUAUUUGCUUACCUUGCAUGCAUGCAUAGUCUUAUGGCUUGGAAGACCGCAUCGCAAUCUCUGCUUUUGAUUUCUUUCCCAAACUGUCUCGUACAUUGAGCCAAAAGUUGACCAGAGAAGAUUUUGUUAUCUACAAUAUCCCGAAUCAUGAGGGAAGUUGUUGAUCAUUCCAGUCCUGAAAUCUGGACUGAGACCACUGAAGUAGAAAUUCCACAGCUUGGGCCCGACGAUAUAGUGAUCAAAGUUAUUGUCGCGGGGAGUAAUGUCAAAGACAGAUAUCUACUUUCUAGAUUGCCUCAUCUCAAGACGCUGAAGAAAUCACUCAACAGUGAAGAUGAUAUCGCUGGUGUUGUUCACUCCAUCGGUACGAAUGCGCAAACAAAGAAUAAAUAUUCUCUCAAAGACCGUGUUGCUGCCUUUUAUCCGAUGAUGGAACCACAUGGAGCUUACGCCGAAUAUGCUGUUGCGCCGAUUCAUACUGUAAUGAAACUGCCAGAUGCAAUAACUUUUGAAGGUCAAAGCCGCGACCAUUCCGCUGGUUGCACGACAGCGGCACUUUCUCUGUUUCGCCGUCAGCAUUUGCCGCCUCCAUGGCCACCAAGGGCUGAUAGUGUGCCCCUUCCGUUCAACAUCUAUGGCGUAUCUUCUUCUCUUGGUACUUUUGCAAUCAAAUUAGUUCGCGCCUCAAAUAUCCACCCAAUUAUUGCUAUCGCAGGAAGCAGCUCUUCGCAUUUGCAUUCCCUGCUGGAUCCAUCUUCUGGUGUCAAGCUAAUCGAUUAUCGCUUGGGUACUGAACAAAUGAUCAAAGCCACUAAAGUGGUCUUGGGGAGCUUGGAGUGUCAUCAUGCUCUUGAUGCCAUCAGCUUAAAUGGUACAUGGAUCCCGAACUCCCAUAUGUUAGCUCCAUCAUUUCUGUCGCAAUCGCCAUCUUACCUAUCAGUCGUCACAGGCUCUAACAAGUACGACGAAGGAUCAAUUCAGACGGGAAUUGAAGUGGUAUACACCAUGGUAGGCACAGCGCAUACGGGAGUCUAUAAAUCGGGCAUGGUCAGACAACCAUUUUAUAGAGAGUUUGUGAAGGGUGAUCCAGAGUGGAUGUUGGCAGACGGCAGACUUACUGGACGCCCUUUUGAACUUAUUGAUGGAGGCUUAACUGGAGUUGGAGAAGGCCUGAAACGUUUACAGAGAGGACAGGCGAGGGGAAUAAGAAAUGUCUACAAGGUGGGAGAAGUUGAGUGA